AAUUCGACGUCAGGAUGCCGUGAGCCUUGGCAGUAGCUGCAUGAGUCCAGUUACAGGCAAAGAUGCGAGGUUUGGUGACAAGGGUGUUAAGAACACCAGCCCAGUGGCAGCUAAAGAUACGAGAUUUGGUGACAAAAGUAGUAGGAGUAUGAGUCCAGUGGCAGCCAACGAUACGAGAUUUGGUGACAAGAGCAAAAGAAGUAUGAGUCCAGUGGCGGCCAAAGAUGCGAGAUUUGGUGAUAAGAGCAGUAGGAACACGAGUCCAGUGAGAGCCAAAGAUACGAGAUUUGGUGACAAGAUCAUGAGAAGUAUGCCAGCAUCAAGCUCACUAGACAAAGCAGUUAGAUCAUCUUUAGCUAUGAAUCAACAAGUUAAGACACGACUGACGAAAAGUUUAGAUAUGCAGACGUCCAAAGAUUCCAGUGAAAUCUUGGACAAAUGGCGCCAGACUGGCUUUCCAGAUGUCUACGUCAUCACACUAACGUCUAGGCCUAGAG